AUUUUUUUCACAAUUUUUGUAACUAAUUUAAGCAAUUCACAAUAUUUUGUAUAUCCGAAAAAUCAAGGCCAAGUGAUAAUAAACUGCCGGGCUCAUAAUGGCAGGAAACUUUUGGCAGAGCUCGCACUCGCAGCAAUGGAUACUGGAUAAGCAGGAUUUGCUACGUGAACGACAAAACGAUUUACUGGUCCUCACCGAGGAUGAGUAUCAAAAAAUAUUUAUAUUUUUUGCGAAUGUCAUUCAAGUGCUUGGGGAGCAGUUGAAGCUGCGGCAACAGGUUAUUGCCACGGCAACCGUGUAUUUCAAACGCUUCUAUGCGCGCAACUCAUUGAAAAAUAUCGAUCCUCUGCUCCUGGCGCCCACCUGCAUCCUGCUGGCCUCCAAAGUGGAAGAGUUUGGUGUCAUAUCAAAUUCUCGUCUCAUCUCCAUUUGCCAGACGGCCAUCAAAUCAAAGUUCAGCUAUGCGUAUACCCAGGAAUUUCCGUAUCGCACCAAUCACAUACUCGAAUGCGAGUUUUAUUUACUGGAGAAUCUCGACUGUUGCCUAAUUGUAUUCCAGCCGUAUCGGCCGUUGCUGCAACUUGUCCAGGAUAUGGGACAGGAGGACCAGCUGCUGACACUUACUUGGCGCAUAGUCAACGACUCGUUGCGCACGGAUGUCUGCCUACUGUACCCACCCUAUCAGAUUGCCAUUGCCUGUCUGCAAAUCGCAUGCGUCAUAUUGCAAAAGGACUCCACCAAGCAAUGGUUCGCCGAGCUGAACGUCGACCUGGACAAAGUACAGGAGAUAGUGCGCGCAAUUGUCAAUCUUUACGAGCUGUGGAAGGACUGGAAAGAAAAGGACGAGAUCCAAAUACUGCUCUCCAAGAUACCCAAACCCAAGCCACCGCCACAACGAUAAAAGACCCAUUCAAUAUAUUUAUAUUAAAAUAAUUUUAUAUUAAUUUAUACAUUGCUCAAAGAUA